AUGGUCGUCGUUUGUGGACCACCUGGUAACAAAUUCGCAUUCUUCAGCGGCUCAGACUUCAUUCUUCCGUUCUUCCCAUAUCCGGUCGCGAAACUGUUCGAUUCGUUAGAUUCAAACGGCCGCUUAAACAGAGAAUCAUACACGAAAGGUCGUGGUUUCAUUCAUGAAAUCCUGAGGUACGAUGUUUUAAAACAUUACAUACCGAUUGUGGAUUCCAUGGCUCGCGAAUAUCUAAACUCGGAUUGGUUACCGUUUACCGAAGUCACGGUUUAUGCUUCGACGCAAAAAUAUGUGCUUUCAAUGGCUUGCAAGUUACUUUUAGGCUUAGAAUAUCCUGGUGAAGUAGGGAUAGUUUCUGAGCUCUUCAAACGUACGAUGCCGGGAUUAUUAGCCGUGCCGAUUAAUUUACCAGGGACACCUUUUAAUCGUUCAAUUAAAGAAGGGAAAAAGCUGAAAUUGGAGCUGUUGAAGAUUGUGGAGGCUAGGAAAAAGAUGAUUCCAAAGUUGAAGGAAAGGGAAAAGGCUGGAUCAGGUUUUGAGGACAUACUGUCUCGAAUGUUGUUGGAGGGAAAAGACCAUUUCAAGUCAGACAUGGAAAUCGUCAAUAAUCUUAUCAGCUUUUUACUUCCAAGUUAUGAAGGGAUCACAGCCGCCAUCACUGUUACCUUAAAUUAUCUCGCCGAACUUCCUCAUGUGUACGAUGCCGUUUACAAUGAACAUCUGAACAUUGCCAAGGGAAAAUCUCCAGAAGAGACGCUGAAUUGGGAAGAUGUGCUACAAAUGAAAUAUUCUUGGAACGUGGUACGUGAAGCUAUGAGGCUUGUACCACCUAGCUUCGGGACUUUCAGAGAGGCUAAAAUUGACCUCAAGUUUGCAGGGUACACAAUUCCAAGAGGGUGGAAGAUUCUUUGGAGUCCAUUUACUACAAACAAAGAUCCUCAGUACUUUGAAAAUCCAGAGACUUUUGAUCCCCAAAGGCAUGAUCGCGAUGUGUUACAACCGAGCAGCUUUGCACCAUUCGGUGGAGGAACUCAGAUGUGCCCUGGAAAAGAUUUCGCCAAAUUCCUGAUGCUGGUAUACAUGUAUAACGUGGUGACAAAAUUUAACUUCAAAAAACUGAAUCCUGAUGAGAAGAUUGUAUACAUCUCAGGUCCUAGACCUGAAAAUGGCCUUCAAGUGCUACUUCAACAACACUGA